GGCUCUCACACUGCCCCUCUAUUGGUUGUUGUCCACCCCAAUGCGUUCAUACGUCUAGAGCUCCAGAAGCUCUGCUCUGUAAUCAUGAAGACGUGCUUUAGUGCUUCUUGUGAUCAUCGCAUAUAGCUCGCGCUCUGGACUACAACGUGCUCCUCUCACUCUACCAACUGCUCUAAACAAGAGACACAACCACAUACAAGCUGCAACACAAUGUCCGCCAAAGCAAUCGCAAUCGUAGCAGGUGUCGGCGCCGGUACUGGAGCGGCAGUCGCUCGUCGAUUCGCUCAAGCAUAUCCUGUAGUCCUUCUGGCUCGAAAUUCGGAGAACUUCCAGCCUUACGUGGACGAGAUCAACAAAUCGGGCGGAAAAGCUAUCGGAAUCUCGACAGAUUUGGGGGACAAUGCUAGCAUCGCGAAUGCUUUCAAGCAAAUCGAAUCCGAGUUCCCUGGUGCUCCAAUCGCAGCGGCGAUCUACAAUGCCAGUGGACGAUUCGUGAGGAAGCCAUUACUGGAAUUGAGCGUGGAAGAUUUCAUGGCUGGGUACGAGGUCAGCGUCAAAGGAGCAUUCGUAUUUUCACAGCACAGCAUUCCUCUAUUGCUCAAGCACGUUGAGGCCAACCCUUCAGCUGACACUGCAUCGAACGUGAAGAGUGGUAACUUUCCACCCACGCUGGUGUUUACUGGUGCAACAGCUUCAGUGAAAGCGAAUGCGCAGAUGUCCGGCUUCGCGUGUGCAAAGUUCGCAAUGCGGGCCCUUUCUACUUCACUUGCAAAGGAAUUCGCGCCCAAGGGGGUCCACGUCGCUCACGCAGUAAUUGAUGGCGUUAUCGACAUUCCAAGGACAAGGGAGUGGUUGAAGGAUCAACCACCAGAGGCCAAGAUUGCCGCUGAAGAUAUUGCCGAAAGUUACUGGAGUCUGCACACGCAGAGCAAGAGGGCCUUCACCAAUGAGAUCGAUAUCAGACCACAGCUCGAGAAGUGGUAGAACUGGAGGAACAUUGUAGUAGCCACAAGCACGUCCCAGAUAAUACCGCAGAAUGAAGCUCUCCUGCAUUUGACUCACUCAUGGGAGACAGCAAGACUCACAUCCAUUUUGUUCA